AUGGCUGGAGAGACGACUGGUUUUCGUCUCAGGUUGCUGCUGCUGCUGCUGCUCGCACUGUCCACCGCCGCCGUCGUCGUCUCCGGCGUCGGCGCGGAGGAGGAAGCAGCGCCGGCCUUCCGGGAGGCGCCUGCAUUCCGCAAUGGGCGGGGGUGCGCCGCCUCGGGGGAUCCCGCGGGGGCCAUCCACAUCGCCAUGACCCUGGACACCACCUACCUCCGUGGAUCGGUAGCCGGUGUGCUCUCCGUUCUCCAGCACGCCUCCUGCCCUGAGAACAUCGUGUUCCACUUCCUGGCCUCCUCCCCGCGCCGCCUCCGCACCGUCGUGCUGGCCACCUUCCCCUACCUCUCGCUCCGCAUGUACAGAUUCGACACCGCGCUGGUGCGGGGGAAGAUCUCCUCGUCCGUGCGCCGCGCGCUGGACCAGCCUCUGAAUUACGCCCGCAUCUACCUCGCCGAUCUCCUCCCCCGCGAGGUCCGCAGGAUCCUCUAUCUCGACUCCGACCUCAUCGUGGUGGACGACGUCGCCAAGCUGUGGGGGAUCGAGCUGGGCUCCCACGUCCUGGGGGCGCCGGAGUACUGCCACGCCAAUUUCACCGCCUACUUCACCGACCGCUUCUGGUCGGACCCGGCCUUCUCCAAGGUGUUCGAGGGGCGGCGCCGCCGGCCCUGCUACUUCAACUCGGGGGUGAUGGUGAUAGAUCUGGAGCGCUGGCGGGCGGGGCGCUACACCGGGCGGCUGGAGGAGUGGAUGAGGGUGCAGAAGCGGCGGGCGAGGAUCUACGAGCUGGGCUCGCUGCCGCCGUUCCUUCUCGUCUUCGCCGGCGACGUGAAGCCGGUGGAGCACCGGUGGAACCAGCACGGCCUCGGCGGCGACAACCUGGAGGGCCUCUGCAGGGACCUCCACCCGGGGCCGGUGAGCCUCCUCCACUGGAGCGGCAAGGGGAAGCCUUGGCUGCGCCUGGACGCCCACCGGCCAUGCCCGCUGGACAGCCUCUGGGCGCCAUACGACCUCCUCCGCCGCCGCGGUUCCGACGACCUCCUCGCCAUCAGCUGA